GGGAAUCGAAGGCGCGUAUUUUAGUUGUCUCGUUACAUGGGCAAAUAUCAUAAUAUUUAUCAGGUGGGAAACUAACACUUUUGGUCAUUCCUUCAAAUGAUCAAAGUACCGGGCUUUGUUAUUUCCCAGCUACUGGGACGAGGGACGUAUGGACAAGUAUACAUGGGAAGAAAGUCCGGUUCAAGUAAGCUAGUAGCAAUUAAAUGCAUUAUGAAGUUGAAACUAAGCAAUCAAGCCCGGGAUAAUUUAGUCAGUGAAAUUUCUAUUUUGAAAGCUCUUGAGCAUCCCCAUAUUGUUCGUAUGCUUGAUUUUACAUGGGAUGCAUCUUUUGUGUAUAUUAUAAUGGAGUUUUGUGGCGGAGGAGACCUUAGCAGAUUUUUGAGGUUGAAAAGAAGAUUAGAUGAACUACUUGUGCAACGCUUUUUACAACAGUUAGCUUUAGCUCUUCAAUACUUAAAAAGUAAAAAUAUAGUCCACAUGGAUUUAAAACCUCAGAAUAUUUUGCUCACAUCAAUUAACAAUCCAAGCUUGAAGCUUGCCGACUUUGGAUUCGCCCAAUGUAUUAAAGAGACAGCUAAAAAGAAUGAAGUUCGUGGCACAUUAUUGUAUAUGGCACCUGAAAUAUUCUGCGAGGGUUUUUAUCAUCCUUCAUGUGAUCUAUGGUCUAUUGGUAUUAUUCUAUAUGAAUGCCUAUUCGGCACUACUCCCUACGGUCAAAUUACAAUUGAAAAAUUAAAAGAGAAAUUAGUGGCAAUGGAUGAAGAAAUUAAGUUACCUUCUACAAAUGAAAUAAGCAAACCAUGUGCUGCCUUAAUACAUGGUUUAUUAAAACGGAACCCUUCUGAACGAUUAAAUCAUGAACAAUUUUUUUCGCAUCCAUUCAUUGAUUUAGAUCAUGCACCAUCAGCACAAAGUCUGGAUAAAGCUGCCGAAUAUCUUAAACGUGCGCCUCAACUAGAAUCACUGGGGAAAUUAUGUGAAGCCUACGAUUGUUAUCUAGAAGGUUUAAAUCACCUAAUGGCUGCAUAUAAUUAUGAGCCGUCGCGCUUCAAGAAAUCGCAAAUACGAAUCCUGAUGAAAGAUCAUUUACUAAAAACGGAAUCACUGAAAUUAGAAUUAUGUCGGCUUAGUCACACGGAUGUGACUUCAUCGUCGUCACCUCAAUUAGAGCCAAAAACUCUUAACAGUCAAGCAGUUAAUUUACCUGAUCCUAUUGUUCCAGUGAAAUGUUAUGAUGUAUCACGACAGCCUAAAAAGAAUGCCGAUUCAUCAAAGAAAGGCCUAUUUCAUUAUCUACCAAAAGAAAAAGAUGAUCAUCAAUCAUCAUUGAAAAGCAAGUCAUCACCUACUUCUGAAACAUAUCAACCACAAGAUUCAGGUACAAGUGAUAAUUUUACAUAUUUUAGGGGAGACUGUUUGUCGACAGAUUCAGUCGAACAAAUUAAUGUUUGUUUAUCCUCAGAUAAAGCUGGAAUUCUUACUCGUAUUAAGCAUUGGUUUUCGCGACAGAAUGAUAAGACUGAAAAUCCUUAUGAAUACAGUGGAAAAGCUAGUAAGAAGAAAAAGGAAUACGAAAAAAAUGAAUCAGAAUUUUAUGCGUUUGUAUUCAAUCUGUGUGUUAUACUCAACUCAAUUUAUCCAAGUAAAUAAUUGUGAUACAAUGGUAAUGAAAAUGCUAUCAUAAACAUCAAGUCAUAAUAUUCUUUUAUUCUGUUUGUUUCCUAGUUUAUUCAAUACUUAAAAUUGUAACACGAUACUAACAUAUUACAUUUAUUAGUAUAUUUUAACAUGUAUCAAACGUUUUACUUGUUGAACAUUGAGCUAAAUAUUAAUUUGUAGUAAUUAGUUAUUGUUGGGGACGUUAUAUCCCCAGAACUCACUUGAAAAAGGUCAUAAUUUCGUAAUUCUAUUUUGGAAAUUUGAAUUUCUUUGUUUUCGCACCACAACCGCUCUUUUCUCCUUCAUGUCGUAUUUCCCAGUUGGGAGAAUCUUAAACGCUAUUGGUCCACUGUAUCUUUUAGUAGGCUGUUUUGUAACCCUUCCCAAGGACGGUUUUGUGCUGUAUGUAUACGUUUUGAUUUGUGUCUGUUGUUAUCACUCGUGCUUCUGGCUUUUUGCGGAAUAUACUUCCCCGUUCGGACUUCGACUUCUCUCUCUAGUUAGCGGGCUGGGACGCAACAGAAUAGCUAGUUUAUUGGUCUUUGGUCACAAGUCUUUGUUCCGUUCGCAGACUAAGUGAACUCGUAAUCACUUCAGUUAUAUUCUAAAGUUUUCUUUUCCGUGUUGGUCGGACCAUAUGACUUAAGCUUUCUCUGUUAAGCUCUAAAAUGUAUUAAUCAUUAUUUUAAUUUGUUAAGUUUGGCUAUGUAUGAAUGGGAAAAAACACGACCAUUUUGUUACUUAUUUCCAUUCUGUCCCCAAUGCCCUGGUACGGCCAAGGUUGGGGAGAGUUAGCUCUCCUUCUCGAAAUGCUCUCACAUGGCCAUGCGUAUGCAGACAAUGAAAGGAAAGUCCUACUUACUGCCUUCUUGCAGCGGGGAUGCUGUUUACGAAUUUGAGAUGACGAAAAGUGAAUAUCCGGAGCUUUAACCGGGUUGAUGGAUAUGGAGGAUCCACCUAGGGGAGUUGGAAAACCCUGAUUCCAAACCAAUGGUGCAUAUGGGCUCCAAGAUCCUGAGAGAACAAAUGGCGUAUGGACCUAUUGUUGGUCACCGACUACCUUGUAACGUUGAUCCACUGCUUGUAGAUUGGACCUCUAUGUCAAAGGCUUGGGAUGUGGCCUCCUAACAAAACCACCUGCUUCGGUUCGGGCACCUGGACAGUAUUCCAGCCCCUACACAAAUCGAAUGAUUUGUGUGGCACAUGUAUUCUGUGCCCCCUUGUGCCAGUGUUUAUGUGUUCAAAUAAAUAUUAUCUCCAUUCUAGUUUAUUCUAAUUCUAAACGAUUGUUCCCAUACAAUUAUUUUAAAUAAUAAUGAAUUUCAUUUACACUGCAUUACUUUCAUUGAUUUGUAUGGAUAUGAGCAGAACCUGUGCCUACCGCUAUAUUGGUUGAGGUGGAUCAUUCGAAUUCUACACAGUUGCCAUUGGGAUCGCUUCACUCUCCUCCUGUCCUUCCUUCAUCUCCUAGUCCUUGUCCAAAUUCAACGAACACAAUUGAACAAGAAGAAUCUUUAGCUCUUAAUCAAUCUGUUAAUUCCUCUACAAUUGAACCGGCCAUUGAAUCAAGUGUGAAGACAACUUCUUUGGAUUCUUCAAAGUUCAGGGAUUCCUAUUUAGAAUCUGAACCAAAUGUCGAUUCAACUGAUAUGGUAGACGGUCUAACUGAGAAAUUUUAUCGUAGUCGACUUUUAGAACUGGGUACCUCCAGCAAUAUUGUGGUUGAAUUUUUGGACAAGUUUUAUAAACUUAUUUCUAAACAUCAUUUACAAGAAGCACUGAUUUACUUUCAAAAUGAAUUUUCAAAUUGUUUAAAAGAAGCUCAAAAUGAUCCUAAUUCCAAGAACCGGAGUAUUUUGUUUAAAGAAUUAAAUCUUGCCAUGGAUAAAGCCGAACAAAUCAAAGCCCAGUUAUAUUGUAACAGUACAAUGAUGAUUGGUGAAAAUGAAUCUCCUAGUUUUCAAAUUGGUGAAGAAGUACUCGACGAAAAUCCACAAGAAGAAGAUCAGUGCUUAUUAAUGUGAUAUAUAUGGAGAGAGAGAGGUCUAUCUAACCUAUUUUAUGUUGUUUGUUGAAAGCUUGAUAUCUUUCAACUAAUCGUGAUAUUGUGUAUAUUUAUUAUUUGCAUAUUUUUCUUAUUUCUUUUUCUUAUGUGUAACUGGUAAUGUUAUAUGUAAUUGUUAAUUUCUAUCGUAUAAACACUUGUGGUGCUUAUACACCUCAUAUAUAGAUCAUAUUAUCUUUUUAUCGAAAAGUGUCUUUCAUACGAAUUUUUUUCUUUCAAUAUACUUUAACGGUAAAUAUAAACAAAUUGUUUUGUAGUUGAUUUCUUAUUUUUUUUCUUCGAAUAAGUACAAAACUGCAGUGCAAGGCCUAUCCAUUGCGUAGUAUCGAGUCAUAUAAAAUAAUAGUUUUGUUACUUGAUCAGUAGAAUUCGAUCAACAAUAAAAGAUUGAACAUGUGUCUGUAUUAGACACUACUAAUUAAUAGUGAUUUUUUGUAAAUAUUUGAGUAAUGUAAGUGCCACAUUUUAAAUAACUGGGUUAUAUAUUUCCUGAGUGAUACGGGUCUCAAUCAUAUAGUGAACGUCUACUGUGUCAAAUUAUUUUAUAUAGUUUAAUAAGGAGUACAAAGUAGCUAAUCAAACUGUCAAUAAAUUGUUCAAUACAUCGAAAUAAUCUUGGUAGUAAAAAUAAUGUUUUCGAGUUAUGGGUUAAUGAAUCAAGCCAGUGUUUAGAGUUUACUAACAAAUAUUUAGCAAAUAGUUGUUUUUCACUACCAACGACCAAUGUAUUUAAGGUUGAAUAAAAAACCCGGGCAAACCGCUAAUGUAGAAGCAUUAUUCAGUUAUGUUUUAUAAAGUAGUUGUAGUCAGUAGAUGAUAAUCAAAGUAUGGCUGAAAUCUAUUUAUCAAACAAAUCCUCUAACUCUAUUCGCGGUAUUAUGGACCAAUAACUAAUUAUACCCUAAUAUAAAAUCGGCUAUAGACAAGCUUGGGUAUCGUAUACGCAUAAAUAUAAAUUGUCCCAACUACAACUUCUAUUUAUUCUUCUGAUAAAAUACCUAUAAUAUCCAAUUGAAAGUCUCAACAAGAAUGUGUUGUAUAACAACUCAGCUACUUCAAAUAAGUAUGAAACCCAUAUAACUCAAACCUGGAUUACUAUCUUUGUAGCUAUAGUUAUUUGUUCAGUCAUCGAAAUUUCUUAACAAAACACGGAUUCAUUUACUCGAUCCUGCAUCACGCUUUUGUUCUAAGGGAUGAGAGUAGCAUUGAUCUUAUAAGAAUAGUUUUUUAAUGGUGUAAGUAGUAAUGAUUUUGAAUUAUCGGUAUUCGAUUGUAUUAACAAUCACUGCUGUCUUCUAUGUCUAUUUUAAAUCUUGAAGAUAUGAUUUGUGAUGUUUGUUGGUGUAGGAAUUUCUGUGGAAGCGGAACUUCUAAAUGAAUUAAAAUCUUAUGGGAAAGAGGUUUUCUGCUAUGUUAUAAUAAGAGAGAUCCCAGUGGUUUUUAUUUAAAAUAUGUAUGCACAAUGAAGUGUCAUCCUAAUUGACUGAUAGCUUCUCAAAUUACAUGAAGGUUGGUUUUAUAAUAAAUUUAGUAUCUAGCGUUAUGGGCAACCUGUCAGUCGUGGACGCAAAUCUUGUAUAUUUGAUAAAAGGUUUUUACACAGUAACUGUAUGGUCAGUAGGUCAUAUACACGAGUUUCCACAUCUUACUUAGGAGAUCGGCCUUUGGUUUAGUCAUUUGACAUCGAUCAGAAGGAUGUUAUCCACCCUUCAUUGAUUUCUAGAGCUACAGUUUUUUUAUUUACCGACGUUCAGGAAGAAUACAAUUGCACAAGAUGUUUUUGAUAUUUGCCGACGCAUGUUUAAAUAAUGACAACUGUCUGGUCACAUCAACUUAUGUGGUGAACUUUAUUUAGUCGGUGAUUUUGAAAGGUU